AUGUUGGUGGAGCUGCUCUUCCAGGCUGCCUGUGUGUCCCUGUUCCUCUCCAGCGGCCAGGGCAGGGUGUAUCCCGCGAGGAAGAAGCCGGCCAGCUUUGCCGUAGAGAGGCGCCGCGUGGGGCCCCACAUCUGCUUCCCAGGCUCCAGCAGCGGAUGUUGUCCCGGCUGGAUGGUGUCCCCGGGCAGCGGGAAGUGCACCCUGCCGCUCUGCUCCUUCGGCUGUGGCGGUGGUUCCUGCAUCGCUCCCAACCUUUGCAUGUGCCCGGAUGGAGAGCAGGGAAUCACCUGCCCAGAACCUCCGGGAACAUGCGGAGAGUACGGCUGCGACCUGUCCUGUAACCAUGGUGGCUGCCAGGAGGUCGCCCGCGUGUGUCCCGUUGGCUUCUCCAUGGCCGAGACGGCCAACGGCAUCCGCUGCACCGACAUCGAUGAGUGCCAGAGCGCGGCCUGCGAGGGGACGUGCGUGAACACGGAGGGCGGAUUCACCUGCGAGUGCGGAGCCGGCCGGGAGCUCUCUGCUGACCGCCGCAGCUGCCGGGACACGGAUGAAUGCCAGGCCACGCCGUGCCAGCACCGCUGCGAGAACAGCAUGGGCAGCUAUCGCUGCUCCUGCCGGCCUGGAUACCACCUCCACGGGAAUCGGCAUUCCUGCGUGGAUGUGGACGAGUGCCGGUGGCCUGGCGCACGCCGCUCCUGCCAGCACAGCUGCCACAACAUUCCCGGCAGCUUCCGCUGCUCCUGCCGCCCCGGAUACCGGCUCAGUGCGGACAGGGUGUCCUGUGAAGGGUACCCUAAAUCUAUCCUGGCCCCGUCACCCAUCCUGCAAUCCCUGCAGCAUCCACCCACCCUUGUCCUGCUCCCUCCUGGCUCCCACCUGCUCCCGAGGGGCUCCCCCUCUCCCCACCUCCCUGGGGGACGAGUCCUCUGUGACACUGUGAGCUGCUCCGUUCCCUGCUCCCACCCGCUUCCCGCUCCAGCUGGGGGUUGCUGCCCCACCUGCACGGGGUGCCUGCACAAGGGGGUGGCCAGGGCCGAGGGCGAUGUCUUCUCCCCAUCUGAUGGGAAUUGCACCAUCUGUGUCUGCUUGGCCGGGAAUGUCUCCUGCCUCUCCACAGAAUGCCCCUCAGGAUCCUGCCCCAGUCCCUCUCUGGCUGACUGCUGCUCCUGCAAUCCAGAUAAGUGCAAUUUCCAGGGACGCACGUAUGCACACGGAGCCCGGUUCAGCUUGGAUGGGGACGACUGCACCACCUGUAUCUGCCAGGGAGGAGAGGUGGAAUGUUCCUUCACUCCCUGCCCCGUGCUGGAUUGUCCCCAGCACCAGCGGCACCUGGGUCCUGGGCAGUGCUGCUCCACCUGCCGGGACCCUCCGGCCCCCACUGGUUGCUUCCUGGAUGACAAUGGCGUGGAGUUUCCCGUUGGACAGAUCUGGUCUCCAGGCGAUCCCUGUGAGUUAUGCAUCUGCCAGGCAGACGGCUCCGUGAGCUGCCAGCGCACGGAUUGUGUGGAGACGUGUCCUUAUCCCAUCCGCAUUCCCGGGCAGUGCUGCCCCGACUGCUCUGCAGGCUGCACCUACAUGGGGAGGAUCUUUUCCAACAACGAGACCUUCCCGUCGGCGCUGGAUCCCUGCCUGAGCUGCAUCUGCCUGCUGGGCUCGGUAGCCUGCUCGCCUCUGGAAUGUGCCAUCGUGUGCUCCUACCCCUUCCACCCCGAGGGUCGGUGCUGCCCCGUCUGUGAGGACUGCAACUACCAGGGCAGGAAAGUGGAGAACGGCCAGAGCUUCAUUCCCGAGGGACAGCCCUGUACCCGCUGCACCUGCCAGCUUGGAGAGGUGAGCUGUGAGGAGAGGCCAUGUCCCCGCUCCUGCUCUGAGCCCCACACACUGCCCGUGGGCUGCUGCCCAUCCUGCCCAGGGCAGUGA